UUGGCGAGUAGGCGGGGUUUGUUCUAAAGCCUUGAGAAUUCCAAAGACAGUGUAUCCGGGAGGUGCGGGUCUUAAAACCAAACACUCCUCAUGUACUCCUUUGUUUGACUGGGCGGAGCCAGUCGGUGCAGAGGUGUCUCGGUGGGAGUCCACAUUCACGGGGGCUUGAACCUGCUGCCAACGAGGAAGCGCCGUGGAAAACAGCAGGAAUACCCAGCUUUACUACGCGUAUUGGCGGCGUUGUCAUAGUUUUAUCCCCCCGCAGUUCCUGCGUGUUUUCUAGGGUGAACAGGUCAACAUGACUACGAUGGAUUUGGAGAAGGUGAAGAUGAUGGGGGCUGGUCGGGCCAUGGCAGUGCUGACUAGCGGUGGAGAUGCACAAGGGAUGAACGCGGCGGUCCGGGCUGUGACCAGAAUGGGCAUUUAUGUGGGGGCCAAAGUCUAUCUCAUCUAUGAGGGAUACCAAGGCCUGGUUGAUGGAGGUGAUAACAUCAAAUUAGCGCACUGGCAUAGUGUGACCAACAUCAUCCAACUGGGUGGGACGAUUAUAGGAAGCGCCCGCUGUAAGGCCUUCACAACCCGCGAGGGACGCCUCGCCGCCGCCUUCAACCUCGUGAAGAAAGGCAUCACCAACCUGUGUGUGUGCGGCGGCGAUGGCAGCCUCACCGGAGCCAACAUCUUCCGCAACGAGUGGCGCGGCCUGCUGGACGAGCUUGUGCAGAAAGGAAGGAUAACGGACGUCAUGGCAGAGAAGCACAACCACCUGAACAUCGUCGGGCUGGUGGGGUCCAUAGACAACGACUUCUGCGGCACCGACAUGACCAUUGGGGCGGACUCUGCGCUGCAUCGCAUUAUGGACAUAAUCGAUGCGAUUAUGACCACCGCAAAUAGCCACCAGCGCACUUUUGUUCUAGAAGUCAUGGGCAGACACUGUGGGUAUCUGGCCUUGGUGUCGGCAUUGGCUUCUGGAGCAGACUGGCUCUUCAUACCGGAGUCUCCGCCCCCAGAGGGCUGGGAGGACCGCAUGUGUGCUCGGUUGGAGCGGAGCCGCACAAAGGGGUCAAGGCUCAACAUUAUAAUAGUGGCAGAGGGGGCCAUUGACUCGAAUGGAAAGCCCAUCUCUUCAAGCUACAUCAAAGAUCUGGUCACAAAGAGGAUGGGCUAUGACACCAGAGUGACUGUACUCGGCCAUGUCCAGCGAGGAGGAACUCCUUCAGCUUUUGACAGGAUUCUGAGCAGUAAACUGGGGGUAGAAGCUGUGAUUGCCCUGAUGGAGGCCACUCCUGAUACCCCGGCUUGUGUCAUCGGCCUGUCAGGAAACCACGCGGUCCGUCUGCCGCUCAUGGAGUGUGUGGAGAUGACUAAGUUGGUGCAAAAGGCCAUGAAUGAGAAGAGGUUUGAUGAAGCGGUUAAACUGCGUGGAGGGAGCUUUGAGAACAACUGGAACAUCUACAAGCUUCUUUCCUUCCAAAAGCCCGCCCUGUCUGAGAGCAACUUCUCCUUGGCCGUCAUGAAUGUCGGCGCUCCGGCCGCAGGGAUGAAUGCGGCGGUGAGGUCUGCCGUGAGGUUGGCGCUCGCUCACGGACACAAGGUCUACGGCGUCCACGACGGCUUUCAAGGGCUCGCCAACGGAGAGGUGUUUGAGAUGAAAUGGCGCAACGUGGCCGGAUGGACCGGCCAGGGCGGCUCACUGCUGGGAACCAAACGAACCCUACCUCAGACCAACAUGGAGAAGAUUGUGGAGAACAUCGUUAAAUACAACAUCUCAGCCCUGCUUGUAAUCGGAGGCUUUGAGGGGUAUGAAGGUGUGCAGCAACUGUACGAAGCCCGCACCCACUACGAUGAGCUCUGCAUCCCCAUGUGUGUCGUUCCUGCUACCAUCAGCAACAACGUCCCGGGGACGGACUUCAGCCUGGGGGCAGACACCGCCGUCAAUGCAGCCAUGGAGGGAUGUGACAAAAUCAAGCAGUCUGCCUCUGGGACCAAGCGGCGUGUUUUUGUGGUGGAAACAAUGGGUGGAUACUGCGGUUAUCUGGCAACCUCCACUGGCAUAGCUGUGGGUGCUGAUGCUGCCUACAUAUUUGAAGAACAAUUUAACAUCCAUGACCUCAAGGCCAAUGUGGAGCAUUUAGCUGAGAAGAUGAAGAAGGACAUCCAGCGCGGUCUGGUAUUGAGGAAUGAAAAAUGCCACGAAAACUAUUCUACAGAUUUCAUCUAUCGGCUGUAUUCGGCAGAGGGGAAGGGUGUCUUUGACUGCAGGACCAAUGUGUUGGGACACCUGCAGCAGGGAGGGUCACCGUCUCCCUUUGAUAGAAACUUUGGCACCAAGUUGGGUGUCAAAGCCGCCCAGUGGAUCACAGAGAAGUUGACGGAGUGCUUCAGACAAGGCCGAGUGUUUGCCAACUCGCCAGAGACUGCAUGUGUGCUCGGAAUCAACAGGAAGAUCGCCUCUUUCAUCCCUGUGACCGAGCUGAAGGCUUUGACGGAUUUCGAGCACAGGAUGCCGAACGUUCAGUGGUGGGCCAAUCUGCGGCCACUGUUAAAAAUGUUGGCCAGGUACCAAACCAACUUCUGUGAAUAUGUCCCUGGAGAGAUCGAACACGUGACUCGACGCUCCAUCAGCAUCGAUGCUGGAUACUGAGCCUCUAUCAGACGACGCCGUCUGCAUCAUCUGUCCAUCCCUCCUUACACUGAGGAAGAUUCCAUACAUUGUAUUUAAAAGUGUGCUCUCUCCGCUCCCUUACACUCGAUGCUUCCUGCUUGCAUGUAGAUUAUGUUUUUGGUGCUCAAACCAGAUUGUCGUGGUUGUACAUAUUUUCUGUGCUGCAGCUCAAUCCCAGCCUCUCUCCUUUUACACAAGAAAGUAUUGCUGUCAAACCUUUAUCAUAUGUUCAGAGUUAAUAUUGUGUAAGACGUUUACAGUAAGUCACAUUUGUAUAUUGUGGAAAACAACACAACAGACACAUUCCAGCUUUGAUGGAACCACACCGUUUCUCCAGAUCAUUCCCUCUUGAAUCAAAACGCUCUGGAGAGUAGAUGGGAUUAUAUCCCGUCGUCUGCUGGAUUACUAAUAAGUGCAAUUCAAGUAUUCAUCAAAAGGAUCACUUCAGGGAAAAUAUUUGCUAUUUCUUCAAAGGUGCAUAUUAUUAUAUACUCAAAAGUGCUGCUAUUAACAGACAACCAUCUGUGCCAUAAAACAAAGAUUAUACUUUACAUAAUAAAUAUACUGCAACAGAUGAAUGUAGGGGGUUGGGUUCUCUUUAGAAAUCAUGUUUAACAA